AUGUCUGCUGUCUAUCCUCCCGGUGGCACUAUUGUCCAGUCGCUCAAGCGAACCUUCGACGACGUCCCCGUUGAUGAGGCCAACGGCAAUGCCGUCUCUACUGUCGAGUUCCUCGAGGCCUCUGAGUCUCUGACCACCAUCUUCGAUGCCAUCGGUGGUGUUGCUUUCGGUCCCGUCAAGAAGGAUAUCCUUGGCAACGUCGAGAAGCUCCGUGUUCGUCACGCCGCCGCUCCUGCUGAGUCCGCUACCGUCCAGGACCUCGUCCGAAACGAGCUCAAGGAGAAGAAGCACACUGCCACCGAGGGCUGCCUCUGGCUCGUCCGUGGUCUUGACUUCACUGCCCAAGGCCUCGAGAAGAACGUCAACAGCCCCUCCGAGGAGCUUGCCGACUCUUUCCGCGGCGCCUACACCAACACCCUGAAGCCCCACCACAGCUUCAUGGUCAAGCCCAUCUUCAGUGCUGCCAUGUCCGCCGUUCCCUACCGAAAGGAUUUCUACGCCAAGCUCGGUGAGAACCCUGAGCAGGUCCAGACUGAGCUCCAGGCCUACCUCGCUGCCUUCACCAAGAUUGUGAACAUCCUCAAGGAGUUCAUCAACAGCCCCGAGGCCAAGUGGUAA